UGCCGGGUGGAGUGUCAGCGGUGCAGACCGUUCCAUAGCUCCGGGUGCGGAGGGGGAGCUGGGCCGUGCCACCGCCGACGGGCAGCCCCGCCAGGCUCCCCAUUUGAUUUGUUGAAGAUGCACUGAGGAGAUACUUGGUGUGACAGUUUUAGGACAGCAGCUGGUCUCUUUGGAUGUUUGUUUCCGCUCCUGGGAGUCCAAUUGCAAGGGGAGGAUGCAUCCUUUUGGUAAAGAGGACACAGCCUCACUGGACCAUCUCUUUGGGUUUUUCUGUGAGUGUGUACGACAGGGCGAUUGGGAGCUUGCACAAGCUUGUGUUCCUCAGUUACAUCAGCGGCAGGGAGAUGACUCUGAGAAAGUGGAGGCGAUACUGCAUGCUCUGAUAACUUGUCCCUCUCAGCUAAGAUGUGGGAAGAAUUACAGCCCUCAGAGACUUGCGUGGCUUUGGCUUCUUGUAUUGAAGAAGUGGCUGAUAUGCAGUAAGAAAAUAGUCUCAGUUGUUCUCCAAAGGGAAACAGAAUUCUUACUGCUACUGGAGGAACUGCAGAAGGAUGUCUCUGAAGAUGUUUUAAAGGAACUCUUCGAGACAUUUGAAUGUAUCCAGAGCAGGCAUGAACCAGAUAGGAGAAGGAGAGAUGGUCACACUCGCAGAUUUAGUGUGGAAGCAGUUUCGGCUCUCUGCAAGCUUUUGGUGCGGACUCCUUGGCGGGCCCAAGCCUUGCUGGAGUUCCUGCCAGGAGAACAAGGUACACGCAAUUCUGCACAGCAGCAGAGUUGCUCUCUACAAAGCAUCUAUGUUGACUUUCUCCAUGACUCCUUAAAAUCUCUUCAGAGGCUUCAGUACAAUCCUGAGCUGUCAGCAGAACUGGAUCAAAGAGAGACAGUAGAUGCAAUUUACAGAGCCCUUAGUGUGCUGCAUUUUGAGGUGGAGCAUCAGAUGGGUGAACUACGACAUUUGUGCAGGGAGCUGUUGAAUGCUUGCUGGGUCGAAGGAAGCCUCCUGAGGGAGGAAAAACUGUUGAGCUGCAUGCUGAGGAAGCAGAGUCAUGCCUUGCUCAGUCUGUAUAGCAGUGUCUUCACGGAGAGGACAAGAGAGAAACUGCUGGGGCCAAAGUCGCUAGGAAAAGGUUCAACUGAGCAGGUGGACACAGAGCGGGCGAUGAUGACUUUAUUCUUGGACCCCGAGGAGGAUUAUUCUUGGAAAACUGCCUAUUUCUACUGCCUGAGCAGCAGCAAGCACUUUCUGGAGCAGAUUCUGGUAACUGCAAUAACAUUACUGAAAAGGGAAGACUUCUCAGGCUUGAGCAGCUUACUGAGGAGAGAAUUCAAUCCUCUUGGCCGUCUCUUGGUAUUGCUAGGAUGGACUCACUGUCAUAGCUUGGAAUCAGCAAAAACAUUGUUGCGGACACUUCACAAAACUCAGGACCUGUGUAAUGACUCAGUAUUAAAAGACUUCUGUGAUGGGCUGUGGGCUCAACUGGAGGUUCUUGAAUGGUGCAUAGAUCGAAAUAGUGUUGCUAUCCCAAAGAAGGUGCUUUUGCAGCACUUGCACAGUUUGGAUUGCCACUCUGCACUCUACUCUCUUCAUCACCUCGCCAACCUUCUGGCACUGAAUGAAGAGGAAGUCAUUGAGCUGCUUCAGAAGGUUCCAGCCAGAGACCAGAGGACACAAGGGGCAUCACUUCCUGGCCUUUUGAAUCAGCGACGCAAUCUGGCACUCUUCCGGGCAUUUUGUGCCAUGAAAUAUGCAAUCUAUGCACUGUGUGUGAAUUCACAUAAGCCUCUGAAGUGCAAGGAUUGCACGUACAGCUGCCUCAGCGACAUCUCUGAAGGCUCUGACCAUCUUAAAGAACCAGCAGAUUGCUCAGCUGUCUUUCCUCAAUACCUUGCCAAGUGCCAGCAGUUCUUACGGGGUGUCCCUGCUCCUCUGCGCCUGGAGCUUCUGGAGAACAUCUUCUCCUUGCUUUUUGUCUCCUACAGUGAUCUUUAUACAGAGACACUCCAGCCUGAGGACUAUGCAGAAGAGGAUGACCUUGAUAAAAAGACUUGUGGUGCUGGGAACUUGGAUGGCAGUGCCAGCCGAGGCUCUUCUACCUCAGAAAGUCCACAGCACUUUGUACAGCCUGAAAGGAAAAUGGACAGGUGUCCUCAAGCCCUGCGAGCAGUCUGCCACACUGCACAGACUCUGCUAGGCUCAGAGUUGAGUGGUGAGAAUGGCGAGACCUCCAGGUCUAGCUGUCUAGAUCUGAAACACUUUACCAGCAGUGGCACUGGUUUUCUAGUAGAUGAGUUGGUGAUGGAUGCCUUUCUGAAGAUGCUUCUCAAUCACCUGGAAGAAAUUCAGAGUUCUCUGCCUUGGGACUUGAGCAAUGCACCCCAUGAAGAGCUGGAGGUAGUGGAGUGCUUAAAUCUGUCUGUGACCAGGGAUGGCUUUGGGAGCCGUGUAUCGCAGUUCUCCAAAUACCUUUCUGAAGCUCAUUGGCGCUACAAAGUAGUGAUGAGCAAUAGAAAUGCAGAACAUCAGCUUGCAGCCUCCAGGAGACUCUCCUCAUUAACCAGGUGCUCGAGCUUCAGGAAGCGCAGUCGAACUCAAAAGUACAGACCAGAUUUUAAGGAGGGAACCUCAACUCCAUCGCUGGAAAGUACGAGCAGUGAAUUAAGCACUAGUACCUCAGAGGGAAGUACUAGUACUGUGUCUGGCUGGAGUGACCUGGAAUGUAGGCUGAAGCCUCAGCCGCAGAACCCCCUCAUUCCUAUGAUGCUCUCCCCACCAGAGUCGCUCCUCAUCUCUUGUAUCCUGAGGGGGAACUUUGUAGAAGCUCAUCAGGUUGCUUUGAUGUUUAAUCUGGAGUCUUCAGCUUGCUAUGGUGAAUUGGUUUUCAUGGAACGUUACCAGGAGGUGGUGCGAGAGAUGGCAAAAGUAGAGCACAAGAUUGAGAAUCAGUCAUCUGAUGGUACUGGAGCCCUCAGGAAAUCUGGUAGUGGCCGAUCAACACUUCAGGCUAUCGGGAGUGCAGCUGCAGCAGGCAUGGUAUUUUAUUCCAUCUCUGACGUUACUGAUAAGCUGCUUGCCACUUCUGGAAGCCUUGUCCCUCCUCUGCAAGAAAACUUUUGGACAAGCUGCAUCCAGUUGGAAUGCACAGAUCCUUUGCGUGAAGUCCUGGAGGACCUCAGCCCUUCAGCGAUGGCAGCAUUUGACUUGGCUUGCACUCAGUGCCACCUCUGGAAAACCUGCAAGCAGCUGUUGGAAACAGCAGAACGACGCUUGCAUAACAGCCUUGAAACCAGGGGCCGAAGGCUUGACUUUGUUCUCCUGCACAGUGAUGGCAUAAGAGGUUUCCCAGCAGUUCUUCAGCAAAUAAGUAAAAUUCUCAGCUACUCUUUCACAUCACAAGGGCAAUCCAAAUCAGAAGUCUCAGAUGAAAAAAUAAGUAGCCAUUUUCGAUGCAAUAUUGUGGACUUUCUGCAGACGUGCUAUCCUACCCUGACUGAAGAUGGUAUUGCUAAUCAGAUUGUUUUAGCACAGUGCCUUGAUGAAAUCCUGGAAACACUGAAACAAGUUGAAGAUUCUCUUGAUUCCAAAGGAAGUCUGCUCAGCAGCUUGGUAGAACAAGCCUCUGUGAAACCAUCAGAAUUGGAGGCACACCCGGUUUGUAAUCAGACCCAACUCCUGCUGAAAACCCUGGACCAACACAUCCUGACCAUGCCAGGAAGCAGCAGGCAGAUAGACUUUGUGCAGCGCUGCUUUGAUUACAUGAACACAUUGGCUGCUAUUGUGCUACGAAGCCUGAAUACAGAACUAGAUCUGUCUGCAGAGGUGAAGAUAGGGAACCCUUUCAUACUGCUGCAGCAGAGCCCAUCUCACUUACUCUCCCAGCUCUUGUUUGAGAGGCAAGUUCCCCCUGACAGGCUGUCUUCACUGUUGACUAAAGAUGGGUUGAAUUUAAGUGUGCAGCAAGUUAUUGUUAACUGUUGUUGCGAGCCACUACCUCUGUGCACUGCUAGGCAGAGCAGCCAGACAAGGUCCUUUCUGACUAAUGUCAGCAGCCUGGCACAUCUGUAUGCUUACAACUGCUUGCCAGAUGUUGGAAUACCUAUCCACAAUCCAGCUGUGGACUUUGAGGAUGUUUCCAGUCAGUCCUCUUCCUCCAUGACUGAGUUGAACCAGCAUAUGCUCACUGCCUCUUCCCUGACCUUCCUGAAAUCUCAGUCAAAACUAAUGGCUGCUGUGGCAUGUCUGAGUGCAUCCAAGAUACAAAAGCCCCCCAAACCUAGCCUGUCAUGGAAGGAAUUUCGGGGCAAAAAGGAGAUCCCACUGGGCAUGGAACAGAUUUCCAAAGAAUGCGAGUCAUUGCUGAAGGAGUUUUCCAUAUUGGAACACUUUCUUCUUACCAUGUCUGAGCCACUUCAGGGCCCCCUAGAGGAAGGCACUGGUUCAGUAAGUGACCUUUGUGGCAAGACAUACAUAACUCUGGUUCUCCUGGGAAUGCAUUCUGCUGCUGCAGUUGAAGUAUUAAUGGAUGUCUUUGAACGAGCUCUCAUUGCAAAGGAUUGGCCCAGAGCUCUGAAGGUCUUGGACCUGUACAGUCAGGAGAUGGAGGAUCUGGCCAGUGUGCGUGAUGCUGUACUGAGCUGUGCAACUGCUGAUGAUCAUGAUGGUUGGCAGUACCUGUUCCCAGUAAAGGAUGCCAUGUUGAGAAGUAGACUGGCCUUACGCUGCCUGGAUAAAUGGCCCCUGGAAGCUUGUUUGGAAAUCCUUGCUUACUGCAUCUGUGAUCCAGGAAUAACUGAAGAACUGAAGUUGGAUCUGCAGAGCAAGACACGAGAACUGCAGGUUUAUCAAAAGAUUUUGAAUUUGCAAGAUGUCCCUCCAUGGCAUGAUUGGCAAGACCUGAAAAAAGCCUGUACUGAUGAUCCCCAAGCUAUCAUGAGUGUUAUUUUGGAGGCGAAGGAUUAUGAAUUGUGUGAGAAAUGGGGUCGCCUGUACCCUCUUCCAAGGGAACAUUUGAUUAGCCUUCACCAAGAACAUCUCCUCCACUUGCUGGAGAUAGGAGACACGGAAAAAUCUUGGCAGCUCUUACAAAGAAUAGAAGACCCUGAAAUUCGCCUUGCCAUAAGCGAACAGUCUCUUGACCAACACCCCAGCUUGGGAGCCUCUCAUUUCUUAGCUGAUUACCUCACUACGCACUUCUACAAGUACCUGACAACUGCACGUCAUAAUGAAAUCCAAGCACUUUAUAUGGGAUCAAAGGUGUUGCUGACUCUUCCUGAGCCUUAUCGUGUUAACUACUCGCACCUGUCCUCCAAGCCAUUGCUCAUGCUGGAGCAGCUCCUCAUGAACAUGAAGGUGGACUGGGCAGCAGUGGCUGUGCAAACACUGCAUCAGCUGUUGGUUGGGCAGGAGAUUGGCUUCACUGUAGAGAAUAUUGAUACUUUACUCUCCAAGUAUGCAGAGAAAGCCCUUGAUUUCCCCUACUCCUUAAAAGAAAAGAGAUCAGAUUCUGUGAUUCGCAUCCAAGAGAGUCUCAGUCAGGUGUCAGAAUCGGAGACCUCAUCUAAAUCAGGAUCAGCAGAAUUAGUCACUGCUAGUUGUCCUGGCAUCAUCCAGUCUUCAAGUCCCAGCCUACAGCGAAAUCUGUUCCCUCAAGAAUUUGUCCCACCUGAGAAACCACCACCAAAGCAUCAGUGGAUACCUGAUGAAACUGAAAUGAUAUGUAUGGUGUGUAAAACUGAGCGUUUUACCAUGUUUAAUAGGCGCCAUCACUGCAGACGUUGUGGUAGGCUUGUGUGCAGUUCUUGCUCUUCCAAAAAAAUGGUGGUGGAAGCUUGUAGAGAAACCCCUGCUCGCGUAUGUGACCAGUGCUACAAUUACCACAACAAAGAGCAUCCAUGCGGCUUAGUCAGAGACACAAGCCUUGGGCAUGAUGAUCUUCUGCCACAGAAAGUUACCAGGAUUCGUGUUGCUGGACUGUACACAAAAGAGGAAGAACAGGACUCAACAGAAACAGGAAUGCCUAGUAAUGAAUGCUUGGGUUACUCUGCAGUGAUGCGAAUACCAAAGGCAACUGAACUUGAGUGGCUGCUUUCUCUGAAUGAAGAAGAGAAUAAAAUUGUGCGCAGUGAAUUUUAUUAUGAACAGGCUCCUAGUUCUUCCUUGUGUAUUGCCAUCCUCAGUCUACACUGUGAUAGCAUAGCAUGUGGCCACCAGCUUAUAGAGCACUGCUGCAGAUUGUCCCGUGGUCUGAUUAACCCUGAAGUGGAUGCCGGGCUUCUCAUGGACAUCAUGAAACAACUGCUUUUCAGUGCCAAGAUGAUGUUUGUCAAAGCUGGAAGGAGCCAGGAUCUAGCUGUGUGUGACAGUUACAUCAGCAAGGUGGAUGUGCUGAAUAUUUUGGUUGCUGCUGCCUAUCGCCCUGUCCCAUCUCUGGAUCAGAUUCUGCAGCCAGCAGCUGUAACAAGACUAAGAAAUCGGCUUUUGGAAGCAGAAUAUUAUCAGUUGGCUGUUGAGGUUUCUACAAAGACGGGGCUGGAUCCCAGUGGAGCAUGGCAUGCCUGGGGCAUGGCUUGCCUUAAAGCUGGGACCUUAAGUGCAGCAAGAGAGAAAUUUAGCCGAUGCCUAAAACCACCUCUUGACCUGAACCAGCUGAAUCAUGGCUCGAGGCCGGUCCAAGAUGUGAUUCAGUAUUUGGAGUCCACAGUGAAACCCAUAUUGUUUGUGCAGGAUGAUGACUACUUUGCCACCCUGAGAGAGUUGGAAGCAACACUAAGGACGCGAAGUCUGUCUCUGGAGAUGGUUUCUGAAGGGAAGAUUCAACACAACAGCUACUAUCAGGAGUGUUUGUUUUAUUUACACAAUUAUGGCACCAACCUAGGAAUUAUAAGCUUUUACAUGAGACAUGACUGCAUGCGAGAAGCACUACUACAUUUGUUAAAUAAGGAGUGUCCUUCAGAAGUCUUCAUUGAAGGGAUUUUUGUCCCAAGUUAUAAAAGUGGAAAACUGCACAUGUUGGAGAACUUGCUGGAAACCAUUGAUCCAGGGCUGGAAAGCUGGGGCAUCUACUUGAUUGCAGCCUGCAAACACUUGCAGAAGAAAAAUUACUACCACAUUCUGUAUGAAUUGCAGCAGUUUAUGAAGGAUCAUGUCCGUGCUGCUAUGACCUGCAUUAGAUUCUUCACUCACAAGGCAAAGUCUUACACAGAGCUGGGAGACAAGCAGAAAUGGCUCCUGAAGGUCAAGGACCAUCUCAAAGUCUAUCUGCAAGAGGUUUCAAGGAGUUCAGGAAGAAAAAAAAUUGUUUGCACUUUUCGGAAGAAAAUGUCUGCAGUGGAUGUUUCAAGGCACAUCAACACAGUGGAGCUCCAAAUGGAAGUGACCAAGUUCCUGCAUCGGUGUGAGAGCUCGGGGACCUCUCAGCUAACUAGCUUACCCUUGCCCACGCUUUUUGGAAAUAAUAACAUGAAGAUGGAUGUAGCUUGCAAGGUCAUGUUGGAAGGGAAAAACAUUGAAGAAGGUUUUGGAAUUGCAUUCAGAGUCCUCCAGGACUUCCAGCUGGAGGCUAUGGCUGUGUACAGUAAAGUGGCCAAGCAGCUGGUGAAGCAGCAGAAAUACAGUGAGAUCCGGCAGCUCCUCAAGUGCGUCAAUGAGUCUGGAGUUGCAGCCAAAAAUGAUGGGGAUGAUAUCAUCCUAAACUGCCUGAAUGAGUUCAAGAAUAUUCCCUCAGAGGAUCUUGACAAUCUGAUCCAGGAUAUGGAAAGUGAUGAAAACAAGAUCCGAGCCUACCUGCUGUGCAACAAACUGCGUUCUGCCUACCUAGUCUCGGUGAGGCAAGAGAACGCUAGAGCUGUUCAGCUGGUCCAGCAUGUACGUCAACUGGCUGAGGACAGUGGAGAAGAUGUUGUACAGACCAUCUGUGUCCAGUGGCUUUCAGUACACCAGCCCAAGCCAAGGAACUGGCUGUCCCAAACCACUAGGAAAUAACUAUACAGCACCUGUAAAGGGAAGACUGAAUAUGGCACAGGGAUGUGCAGUUCAGUGAUCUCUCAUUGAGAGGGAAGUCUCUUGACUGGCUUUGGUGGCAAGCAGGAGAUGUUAAUGUGCCUCAACUAAAGGGAAAGGAAUUACUUCAUGCAAGUGCCAAUCUUGUGUUGUGGUGACCAACAAGCUCUACCUCAAGGGGGUGUUUUGUAAAUGUUAAAUCUGAACAAACAGGACUUAAGGAUGAUGGAGAAAAGCACUUCUCCUGUGUUUUGAAAGGCACUAAACAUUGUUGGCGUUUUGUUUUAACCCAGCAAACCUGUGUAUAGAUGAUGACAACCAAAUCCCAUGUCAGUUCAGCAUAGAUUGUAGCAGACUCGUUGAUUCCUAUUAUCCAGAACCAUUUUAUAGAAAAUCCAUAAUCACGAGGUGGGAGAAAUUUUGUUUCCACUUGCAUAGAUUUCUGACUGAAUUUUUGAUGCGGCUUUUUAAAAAGGAUCUAUACUAAUUAUUAUCACUAACUUUUUUACACUAGCACAAUGUGCACAAAUUCCUUAGUUGGUUUUCUGAAAGGUAGAGGGUGGUUCUAUUUGGGAGGUUUCUGUGUGCGUUCACAUGAGCAGGUGUUUGCCUACAGGGCCCUUAAUGAAGAGAGGCAGUCCAAAGGGAUGCAUUUCCUCAAGAAAGGAAAACUUUUAAACUAGGGCAGGCAUGUUGAACGAAUGACCCAUCUCUUUCUUUCCUAACUUAUCCUCCAAGAUUAAAUUGCUUUGUAAUAGGUAUGGCAUUGGAUGAUUGAAAGGACCCUUUUUCUCUUCAUUUUUCUUAGCUGGAGUAGAUACCAGCUGAAUUAGAGCAUUUCAGCACAGUGGGAAAUGUAGCUUGCUUUAAAC